GGGUUUGGUCAAGGAGAUCGCUCAUCCCGGAAUAAAAGCUAUAGAACGUGGACUCCCGAGCCCACCACGGCCUCAUUCUACAUGGAUACCACACUUUACCGUCUUGCGGUAGUUAUCUCCUCUCUGCGUUUCCCUCCAGUGUUAAAUUUACGCCAGUGUGCUGUGCGAUUCCUAGCCGAUGCCACAGUAAACAACAAAUAAGCACUCUCCAUAGAUCAGUCUAAACCAAUUGCAACCGAGACAUCGAUUACUAGGCCAAUCGCAACAGAUGAUGGGGAAAGUGCAUCACACAGAGCUCCAGAAGGCUCUUUUAUCGAUUGACGAUAAGACGUACUUUGUGAGAUAUACCGAGGAUGAAGGCGCUUCAAAGGCGCACAUGAACUACGAGCUAGUGGAGCACAAGCUAAUGGAACACGGGUUAGAUGGAACAGAUGUCCCAUCAAUCUCUAAGAGUACAUUGCCAGCACACCUCAAGCCAGGAAGAGAUAUCAAGGUUGUUGACUCUGUAAAAUCUGGGGUUGGAAGAGGAGAAAGGGAGCUAUACAUAUCUGUGAUAAAGCCCCUAUUUGAUCUACUGGGCAUCGAGCACUCCUAUUCUAAGACUGUGGAUGAACAUUCCAUUCCAACUUUGGCCAGCCAGCUGGACUUAUCAAGGGAUCAUACCAUUGUGGUAUUAGGAGGUGACACAUCGAUCUAUGAACUGUUCAAUGGAUUAAACGCAGGGUACAAUGGGGAGCGCCAUGACAUUGACGUCUGUAUAGUCCCAAUGGGAACGGGGAAUGCUCUAGCAGUGUCACAAGGUCUGAAUGAUGAGUUUGAGUCAAUUGUCAAUCUGCUCACAGCAAUAGUUAAGUCGCCUCUACCACUGUAUAAGGUGGUCUUCCCAGAAGGCUCCAAGGUGGCAUCUACAGGCUCACCAGUAAAGGAGAUGACUUUUUGUAUUGUCGUUUCGUUUGCAAUACAUGCAAAGAUAGUUCACUACUCUGAAAAGCCUGAAUGGAAACCACUUGGUGCAGAACGGUUCAAGAUGGCAUUCGCCAAAGCUCUUGAAGAACCACAGGGUUUCAAACUGAAAGUAUCAUUAAAGAGGCCAAAUGGUGAAGUCGAGCCUUUCACAGCUCGUGAGCAACAUGCUUAUAUCGAUUUCGUCGCUACACCAUAUUUGGAGAAGGCUUACCGUAUUUCCCCAAGGUCGCAAUUGGCAAGCCCAGAAUUGUACUAUGUGAGCUUUGCGGAUCAGACAAAGGAUGAAUUGACAAAAGUGGUUACGCAACCUUACUUCAACGGUGCUCAUAUUGAAAACACGUUGACAGAGUACAAGCCAGUAGACCAGGGAAGCACAGCUGUUAUUGAAAUUAUGGAGGACAAUGAGGACAGGACCUUUACCUGCGUUGACGGUGUGAUCGUAUCGAUUCCAAAUCCAAGAGGAAAGAAGGUUUUGAUCAAACACUUUGACACUAGUGGAUUACACUAUGCUUUCAAUAUAGUUGGACUACAAUAAACAUAAGCUUGGUGCACUGUGGGAUAGGAGUUUGGUG